UGUUGGAAGGGGAAGCUGCUUCUCUCCUCCUUCAAGGCUAUGACUUUUGCACACACAAACUCUUAUUCACUCUCUCUCUUUCUCUCUCUCUCUUGUUGGGUUGUUUUUGUAAAUUGAAGAUUACUGUCUCUCUUUAAUCUCCCCUCACAUUUUUUCAUUCAUAUCUAAUUUUUAUAAAUCUUUUUUUUGUUUGAUAUAAUUUCAUUCCAUUCUUCCUCUCACCACCACCAAGAGCAGAGCAAAAAAACACCAUCUUUUUCUCCUCUUAACCCUUUCUUCAUAUCUUUCUCACUCUUCAUCCAUCUCUCUUUCUUUCUCUCUUUCUCUCCUCUAUUCUUUUUUGUUAUUUUUUUGUGCUGCCCAGGUGGGUGAAAGAGGAACAACAAAUCUAAAAAAGCAUCUACAGAGAAAAAAAAGAGGAAAAAAAAAUCAUCAUGGGGUGCUUUCUUUGUUUUUGUUAUUAACCAUCCUUUGAUUAUUUUUUUGUUUAUUUUGGUGAUAGAUCGGCUUUGUUUCAUUUUCACCUCGACUUGUGAACUUGUUGCAUGCACUUGGUUCUUCUUUAUUGAGGAAUUCAUAUUCAUACAUUUAAACUAUAUUGAGUUUGGGAAACUUAAAUAGAUUCCCUCAAUGCAAGGACAGCGAGAUACAAUCGGUUCCUUGCCAGAAACCUUAGAAUUUGAUUGUGGAUCAACAUCGAGUGGUGCAACCACUGCCACAGUGAAUCAGCAGAUUUGCUGGAAUAAUAUGCGGAAUCCUGCAGAUAACCGAAUACCCGAGUACAUACUUCCCCCAAGUGAUGUAAACCCAUCUUAUGUGAGCCCUUUGAAUCAUGGUUGGCAGAAUUUGAGUGGAUGGAGUUUAGGUGAGCCAAGUUACAGUAAUACUCAGAAUGAGGUUAACAUUAACAAUGACCAGAGAAGGGAACUAGGAUGGCCAUCUUCUAUAAGUUUUGGUGCUCCUGCUGGUUCAAGGCAAGAAGAACGACGUGUUGAACCGACUAAUGCUGUCUCAAUGGACAAUACUAAUACUACUAUGUAUGUGCACGGUGCCAAUUCUCAUAUGAUGCCUCCGCAGAAUCUUAACUUGAAUGCAGGAAUGGGAGACAGUAGUAGUGCUAAUAGCCAUCAUGUUGAACAUGCUAACUUGCCAAAGUCUAUUGGACCGGUAAAUGAGCAUGUUCCUCCCCCGCUUAUUGGUUCUGGUCCUUUGAUGCUUCCUUCGGCAAGUAACAGCCUUUUGUUUGAGGAUACUGAUGGUAGACCAGGUUGUUCUGUCGACACUCGGCGUGUAUCUUGUAAAAGAAAGGCUGUUGAACGCAGUGUUGGACAAUGUUCUGAUGGUGGAAGUUCUAGCUACAGUCAGCCUACAGAUGGCAGUGCUUGGAACACGCUGCCUACUCAGGAUUAUGUUGGCGGUAGCCUUGGCAGAUCUGCUUCGGUGGAUAGGGUGAGUGCAAGACUCGGACUAAGUAUGGGGGAUGGCCCCUCUGAAAGCAUUCCUGAUUCGAAUGUUGCAGGAAACCCGGAAAGCUUCCAUAGGAACUUCCGGUUAAGGGUAAAUCCUUCAAGUCAACAAAGUUCCAUUCCUGUUCCUCCUCCCGCUGCAUUCUCAACGGGAAAUGUGAUUAGAACUUCUGGUAUUUCUCCGUCCGUUCCAGUGUUGCCAAGAUUUCAUCCGGCUGAUAAUUCUCUAGAUGCGAGACCAGUACCAACUGUAGAUACUAUGAUUCCUCAAAGUCAGCCCCUUCUAGUUCAUGUUCCUGCUUUACCAAGGAAUAUGCAAUCAUUUAGGUGGGGUGGCGCUUCUAGCUCAGCAAACAACCAUUCAUCAAACUCAGCUAUACCUGCGGAUAAUAGGGACAAUAACAUACCUCAUGAGGACGCAAGCUCGAGAAGUUUGCCUAGAAACCUCUUUGAACACCCGGUGUUUGCACCCGGAACCAAUUUAAGAAAUUUGGCUCGAAAUCCAACAAAUAGGGCUCCGAGUAGUGGAAAUUUAAGUAUUCCAGGAAAUGUUGCCGCUGCUUCUUCGUCGCGAUCUGGGUCACAUUCAGCUAUCAAUCCAUCAUCUGCCUCUCCAUGGGUUGCUCGUCCUAAUCCUCAGCAUUAUCCACGAAGGUUAUCUGAAUAUGUUCGCCGGUCAUUGUUUCCUCCUCCCGGCUCCGAGGCUGGUGGAAGUUCAAGCAGUAAUUAUCCUUCCGCACGUGGUCCUGACUCGAGGGCACUGCCAUCUGGGGCUCACCCGGGAACACCAUCGUGGUUGGAGAGGCCAGGAGAUCAUGAGUAUGGAAUUCCCUAUUCGAUACGGUCGUUGGCUGUUGCUGGUGAAGGAAAUAGUAGACUUGUGUCUGAGCUCCGAAAUGUGUUAGGACUUAUGCGUCGUGGUGGGAGCCUGCGAUUUGAGUUACUUUCGAUUGCGAUUAGGAUCCCAGGACUUUAGGCAUCUCAUAUUGCUCAGUUUGUCAGAGUUUUCUGCUAUCAGGAUCUUGUAAAGAAAGAAUUUAAGUAGGAAAUGAAAACAAAUAAUAUGAUUUUAUUGUUUCCAUGUAUAUACUUUCCCUUACUAAACUUCUGAAAGGACAAAAAACCAACCAGCCCUUCGGGUGUAACUAAUGUUUAGGUUAAUGUUGAAACUUGAAGCCUCAAAGAAGGCUGUGGAGUCUGCUGAGGAGUUAAGUGACUUUUUCCAUAUCCAUAGCCUUUUGAUUCCUUGCUUGUUGGUUACAUGAGCAUAAGGGGCCCAAAUAAAUUAAGAGACAUGCUACACAUACAAGUCUUUUUGACAUACAAGUUUAUACAAGUUAAUCCUAAUUCAAUAAAAUCCACUUUUAUAAUGCAAGGAAGAAGAGGAAGAGUUUUGAAUUAUAUAAAACUUAUCAAUACACAUACAUAAAAAAUUCUUAAACAAUACAAUAUAAAUGACUUGUAUAGACUUGUAUGUGUAAAUGACUUGUAUGUAGAGAAUAAUCCAUAAAUUUUCUAUAUUAUGUAUAUGAAGUGUAGAUUAUGUGAGAAAACAGAAAACCUGUAGAAGUUUCUAUAAGAAGAGUAGAACAUAUGGAUAGUAGGGCAACAUGUAGAGGAACAGGGGAGACCAAUGAAGACUAUAUAGUAUAAGAGAGAACCACCAAAAAAUAUGUUGAUUUAGAUGACUUGCUUCUAGACAUAGUAUAU